AUGCGCGGGGACGAGCUCCGGUACCCGCUUGAACAGCGGAUAGAAAAUCGACGGAGGGGCGUAACGAGACAGCGAUGGUCCAUCGUCGUUCCUAUCCUCACCGUUGCGAUGAUUUCGGUGUUCAUCUAUGAGCUGGUCCUCAACGCGCACUUUCAAGGCACACCCGUCUCCUUCCACCCCACCGUCAACUACAUGCUCGGUCCCGGCGGUUCAACACUCAUCAACGUCGGCGCGCGCUUCGUCCCAUGUAUGAAGCUCGUGCCCGAAGUCCCUCCAACAACGCAGCUGGCCUGCAUGAAUGACACCGCCAACCCCGCCGACCAGAUCUGCCCGUUAUCGACCGUAUGCGGAUUUGGCGGGUUCCCGGCGGAUGGUGUCCCCAACCAGUGGUUUAGGUUCAUACUCCCUAUCUUCUUGCAUGUGGGGAUCAUCCACAUCCUCUUGAAUAUGCUCGCUCAGGCAACGUUGUGCACCCUUGUCGAACGACAAGUCGGCUCAACAGCUUUUAUCAUCAUCUAUUUUGCCGCUGGAAUAUUCGGCAACGUCCUGGGCGGUAACUUUGCCUUGUUAGGCAUAACGUCCAUGGGCGCAUCGGGGGCGAUCUUUGGCUGUGUGGCUGCCCAAUGGGUAGACCUGUUAACGCAUUGGAACCUCGAGGACCGGCCUGGCCGAAGUUUAAUCUUCCUCAUAAUCGAGUUCAUCAUCGGUUUCGGGCUGGGCUACAUCCCCGGAGUGGAUAACUUUGCCCAUCUCGGCGGGUUCCUCAUGGGCCUCCUAACCUGCAUCGUCCUCUUCCCCGUCAUCUCCGUCACCAGAACGCACAUGAUCGUCGUCUGGGUCUGCCGGAUCCUCGCCAUCCCACUCAUAAUAGUCCUAUUCGUCGUGCUCAUCCGGAAUUUCUACACUACAGACCCGGCGGCUGGAUGUGAGUGGUGCAGGUACUUGAGCUGUAUCCCUACGAGCGCGAACAAUUACUGCCAAGGCACGGGGCUGACGACGGGCAACACGGCCUUCUGA